CGCGAAUUGACUGGUCUCCUCCAAGAAAAUCGGACAUAUUGUCACGUUUACAAGAUGGAGUAUCUCACUCUACUUGGAGAAGAUGCUUAUACAUCAUCAUCGGCCCGCAAGAUCCAGGAUCUGAUUGCGAAGACUAGUUCCGUCAAGGUUGAUGAGGUUUCCGCCGUUUACAUUCACUAUGCCCGCUUGAAGCAGGCAACCAAUGACGUCGCAAAGGAAACUGAUGCGAAGCUGAGGCAGCUCCUGCCCAACCCGCGGCCAGACUUCUUUCGUGAAGUUUCCGGUCCAUCUGCUGCGAAAUUCAAGGUCUACUAUGUUACUCCCCGUAACAUUUCGCCAUGGAGCUCCAAGGCCACCAGCAUCGCGGCGGUCUGCGGCGUGAAGAGCCUUGAACGCAUCGAGCGAGGCCGUGCCAUUUUGGUCAAAUUUGCUGAGCCUUUUGAGGGAUCUGAUGAUUUUUUCAAGCAUGUGCUCUUUGACCGCAUGACAGAGAACAUCAGCAGCUCCGAGCCGGAUGUUAAGGACAUGUUUGCAGAGGGUCAGCGCAUUCCUCUUGAGGUUGUGGACAUCUUUGCCGAGGGCGCCAACCCAAUUGAUAUCCUCGAAGAAUACAACAAGGAGAGAGGUCUCGCCCUCGAUGAGCCUGAAAUGGAAUACCUCAUCCAAGCAUAUUCCAAAAUCGGCAGGUCGCCCUAUGACGUCGAGUUGUUCAUGUUUGCACAGGUCAACUCGGAGCAUUGCAGGCAUAAGCAAUUCAAUGCAAACUGGAUCAUCGAUGAUGUGGCCAUGGGCAAGUCUCUCUUCGAGAUGAUCAAGAAUACCCACAAGAACAACCCCAAGUACACCGUUUCAGCCUACAGCGACAAUGCCGCCGUUUUGGAGGGCAACUUCGCCAGCUUCUGGGCCCCAGACUACAACACUGGCUCUUGGAAAGCAACGAAGGAGAUGGUCCACUACAUCAUCAAGGUUGAGACACAUAACCACCCUACCGCAAUUUCUCCUUUCGCAGGAGCUGCCACAGGUUCUGGUGGAGAGAUCAGAGACGAAGGAGCUGUUGGAAGAGGAUCACAGCCCAAGGCUGGCCUUUGCGGCUUCUGGGUCUCUGACCUCUUGAUCCCAGAUUUCGAGCAACCGUGGGAGAUUGACUUCGGCAAGCCAGCUCAUUAUGCCAGCAGCUUGGAUAUCAUGUUGGAGGCGCCCAUUGGAAGCGCAAGGUUCAACAACGAGUUUGGUCGCCCCUGUCUCACAGGGUGCUUUAGAACACUCCUCACCGAUACCGGCAGCAAUGAAGCAGAGGAUUACAGAGGAUAUCACAAGCCGAUCAUGAUUGCAGGGGGUGUAGGCACCGUUCGACCCCAAUUUGCAAUUAAGCGCCAGGGAGAUGUCAAGCCCGGGGCACAUGUUAUUGUUCUCGGUGGGCCAGCCAUGCUUAUUGGUCUCGGUGGCGGAGCUGCCUCUAGUAACGCAUCUGGCGAAGGAUCUGCCGAGUUGGAUUUCGACAGCGUCCAGCGUGGCAACCCCGAAAUGGAGCGCCGUGCGCAGAUGGUCAUCAAUGCUUGCUGCGCCCUUAACGAUGCCAAUCCUAUUGCCAUGAUCCACGAUGUUGGAGCCGGUGGAUUGUCGAACGCGUUGCCAGAGCUCGUCAAGGAUGCUGGUUAUGGUGGCAGAUUCGAACUUCGUCAAAUCGAAAGUGCGGACAGCAGUAUGAGCCCAUUGCAGAUUUGGUGCUGCGAAGCACAAGAGCGUUACGUUCUCUGCGUAAACGAGGAUGGCCUGAACAAGUUUGUCAACAUUUGCAAUCGCGAACGCUGUGGCUUCUCCGACGUUGGAUCUGUAACCGGCACAAUUGGUGGCAACGAAUCUACACUUGUUGUCACCGACCGCGAAGGCAAUGAAUACCCAAAGCCGAUUGAUCUCCCGAUGACGACACUCUUCCCUAGAGACAGGAAGCUGGAGCGAAACGUUAAGACUAAGAAGAAUGAUCUGAAGCCAUUCGACAGUUUCCAGAGCCUCUGCGGCCUCAAGACCACGAAGUCUUGCCGCGGCAGUGCCGAGUUUCUCCACAGAGCAAUGGAAAUUGUCCUGAAGGUCCCCGCCGUUGGCUCCAAGGCAUUCUUGAUUACCAUUGGAGACCGUACUGUCGGUGGAAUGACCACUAGAGAUCAGAUGGUCGGACCAUGGCAGACACCCGUUGCAGAUGUUGCGGUGACCAUUACCUCGCUCGCAACAGGAGGCAUUCAAACUGGCGAGGCAAUGGCCGUUGGCGAGAAGCCAGCUUUGGCACUGAUUUCCCCUGCCGCUUCAUCCCGCAUGGCUGUUGCUGAGAGUUUGUUGAACCUGGCCGCUGCAGACAUUCAGGGAGGCCUCGACCGCGUUCGCUUAUCUGCCAACUGGAUGGCAGCCGUGAACCACGAGGGCGAAGGCUCUGCUUUGUACGAGGCUGUCAGAGCCAUUGGUAUGGAGAUGUGCCCCAAACUCGGCAUAAGCAUUCCUGUCGGAAAGGACUCCACAUCCAUGAAGGCUUCGUGGAAGGAUAGCUCGAACGGAGAGUCGAAGUCUGUUACGGCACCCGUUACAGUCGUCAUCUCAGCCUUUGCUCCAGUACAACGUGUCAGCCACACCUGGACUCCUGCGCUCCGAAGACUAGAGGAUGUUGGCGAGACAGUGCUCAUGUUUGUGGAUCUUGCCCAAGGCAAACAGGCUAUGGGUGGAUCUGCAUUCGCCCAGGCCUGCGGACAGCUUGGAAAUGAGAGCCCUGACGUUCAUGACGUCGACCUCAUCACCGACUACUUUGAUGCGAUCAUACAACUCCACGAGUCCGGCAUUGUUUUGGCAUAUCACGAUCGCUCUGAUGGUGGUCUUUUCACGACUAUUGUUGAGAUGAUGUUUGCCGGUCGCUGUGGAGCGGAAAUCAUGCUCGAUGGUGUCGCGAAGAGCGACGAGACGGGUGAUGUUUUGAAUGCCCUUUUCAACGAAGAAUUGGGAGCUAUCUUCCAGGUUAAGAAGUCAGAUGAGAUUAACUUCAUCAGAUGCUUCGCAACUUGCGGUCCACCUCCAGGACUGGUCAAGAAGAUUGGUCGCAUCCCAGCUGCCACUAAGCAAGAGCUUUCCAUUCGUUACAAGGCAGAGACAGUCACCCACCUGGACAGGUCGACUAUGCAAAAAUGGUGGUCUUCCACCUCCUACCAAAUGCAACGUCUUCGUGACAACCCCGCCAGCGCUGAUUCGGAGUUCUCGCUCAUCAAGGACAACAAGGAUCCUGGACUCUCAUACAACCUUACUUUCGAUCCGAAAGAGAGCAUCCUGCCGAUGACGACUCUUCUCAGCAGCCCAUUUAUCAAGGCUCCCCGCGUCGCCAUCCUCCGUGAGCAAGGUGUUAACGGUUACGCCGAGAUGGCGUUCGCCUUCAAGGCUGCUGGUUUCGAUCCGAUCGAUAUUCAUAUGACCGACAUCAUUGGCGGAAGAUCUCUCGCAGACUUCGUCGGUAUUGCUGCAUGCGGUGGCUUCUCCUACGGAGAUGUCCUUGGAGCUGGACAAGGCUGGGCCAAGUCCAUUCUCAUGCACGAAGAGAAUGCUAGACCAGAAUUCAAGAAGUUCUUUGAGAGGAAGGAUACAUUUGCUCUUGGAGUCUGCAACGGUUGCCAAAUGUUCAGCAGGCUCGCCGAGCUGAUCCCUGGCGCCGAAAACUGGCCGAUAUUCGUUGAUAACGAGUCUCAGCAGUUCGAGGGCCGUGUCUCCAUGGUCCGAAUCAAGGAUAACAGCGAGAACCCAUCAGUCUUCUUCCGCGGCAUGGACGGCAGCUCCCUGCCCAUUGUCAUUUCGCACGGAGAGGGCCGUGCCCAAUUCAAGAACAACACUGACUUGGAGGCAUUGACUAAGGCUGGGUUGGUUCCAAUUAGGUACACAGACAACUACGGGAAGGUUACGGAGAAGUACCCACUCAACCCCAACGGCUCCGCACAGGGAAUUGCUGGUGUGACAAGCAAGGAUGGCCGAGUUUUGGCAAUGAUGCCUCACCCCGAGCGUUCUAUCAUGGCCAGCGUGGGAAGCUAUAUCCCCGAUGGCAUGACAGAAGAGUGGGGCGAGUAUGGUCCUUGGGUCCGAAUGUUCAAGAGCGCAAGACGCUGGGUUGGUUAGAUGGAGUUCGAAGACGGCAUUCACCUGGAGGCGGGAAGCGUCACAGAACAUAUUGAUUUACGGAGUUUCAAGGUUGAUUUUGUAUGGGGCGCAUCCCAUGGUCAGAUUGUGCAGUUCUCACUUCUGUCUCAAAUUGGGACAAAUAAAUAGUUG